UUUUCUCAAGUGCAUUUUAUGGUCCAACAAUAAAAGGAUGGGCCCAUCAAGGCAAUUUCAAAUAUUUGCCUUGUUGCUCUGCUUACUGACAACUUCAAUCGAUGUGACUCAAUCCAGGCAUUUGACACGAAAUCGACACAAGCGACAACAUGGAGCCAGACUCUACCUGCCGGCGACGUAUGUGAUCCCGAGCGGCGAGGGAGAUUCCGGUGAGCGCUGGGGUCCCUGGGGAGCUCCGUCGGAGUGCUCGAGAACGUGCGGCGGUGGCGUCGCCUACCAGACGCGCGAGUGCUACGACGUGGGCCACGAUGGACAGCCGCGAUGCCGAGGAGGAUCCCGCAAGUACUUCUCGUGCAACACACAGGAUUGUCCAGACAAUGAGCCGGACUUCCGAGCGCAGCAGUGCUCGCACUUUGACACUGUUCCCUUCGAGGGUGUGCGCUAUGAGUGGGUGCCCUACACCAAGGCUCCCAAUCCCUGCGAGCUGAACUGCAUGCCGCGCGGCGAGAGGUUCUACUAUCGCCACAAGGCGAAGGUGAUCGACGGCACGCGGUGCAAUGAGGAGUCCCUGGACGUGUGUGUGGACGGUGUCUGUCAGCCGGUGGGCUGUGACAUGAUGCUGGGAUCUGACGCGAAGGAGGACAAGUGCAGGAAGUGCGAUGGUGAUGGAUCUUCGUGCAAAACCGUGUCCGGAGUUCUGGACAUGAACAAUCUCCAAGUCGGCUACAAUGACAUUCUCCUGAUUCCUGCUGGAGCGACAAAUAUUGAGAUCAAGGAAGUUGCUCCGUCAAACAAUUAUCUGGCCAUAAGGAAUCUCGUAGGUGCUUAUUAUCUCAACGGAAAUUGGCGGAUAGACUUCCCGCGGCCAAUGACUUAUGCCGGAGGCAUUUGGCACUAUGAGAGAAAGCCGCAGGGAUUCGCAGCUCCUGAUCAUCUUACAUGCAUGGGCCCCACAACGGAGCCAAUAUACUUGGUGCUGCUCUAUCAGGAUCGAAAUGUGGGCAUUCGCUAUGAGUACAGUGUGCCCGAAGCCACUGCUCGACUUCCUCAGCACGAGACCUACAAUUGGGUGUUUGGGCCAUAUUCUGAGUGUUCAGCGACCUGCGGUGGUGGCUUCCAGACGAGGAAUGUCACCUGCAACAGCCGAACAACACUUGAGCAAGUCGAUGAUAGUCUCUGUGACACGACUGAGCGAAUGGAGGACGCCAGGCAGUGUGGCCAAGAGCCGUGUCCGCCCAGAUGGACAGAGACUCCGUGGGGCAAGUGUUCUCUGCCUUGUGGCAGCGAUGGCAAGCAGGAGAGGGAAGUCACGUGCGAGAGGAUUGACUCUAGUGGUGUGGCCACAAAAGUCGAGGAUUCUGUCUGUCUGGAGUCUGCAGGAAACAAGCCGGCAACAACUCAGGAGUGCAACAAAGGUGUCGUUUGUCCUCAGUGGCACGUGGGUCCGUGGCAACCAUGCAGUCGUCUGUGUGGCGAUGGCGAGAAGAAGCGUCAGGUGAAGUGCUAUCGCAAGGAAGACGGCAAGAUUAAGGUUCUCCCCGAUGGAGAUUGUCUGGAGGAGAAACCCGCCGACUCCGAAACGUGCGUCUUGAGACCUUGCGACGGAGUGGAUUGGAUAACUUCCACGUGGAGUGGAUGCAAUGCUUGUGGUCUUACAGUGGAAACCAGAACGACGUAUUGUGCCUCGAAGACAGGGAAGAUCUACAAUGACUCGUUCUGCGAGAAGAAACCGAAGCCAGAGCUGGAGAGACCGUGCACAUCCAAGUCCCAGUGUGACUUCCAGUGGUUCACAUCGCAGUGGAGCAAGUGCUCGUCUGAUUGUGGGAAGGGAGUGCAGACCAGGACGAUCAUCUGUGGUGUUUUCGAUGGAGAGAUGGUUAAGAGGGCGCCUGAUGACUCGUCCUGCAAUGCCGAUGAGAAACCAGAGGAUCAGCAGGAGUGCGAGAGUGAGAAUGAGUGUGCAGGACUGUGGUUCGGUGGUCCCUGGUCGGAGUGUUCAGUGCCUUGCGGAGGAGGCACUAAGUAUCGCAAGACUCUGUGCAUGGUUGCUGAUCAACCGGCUCCGGUGGAGAAAUGCAGUGGCGAUACUCUGAAAUUCUCAACGGACAGCUGCAAUCCUGAACCGUGCAUUGACGAUGAGACUCUUCCUGUUGACAGCACAGCAAUGCCGAUUCUGGAGGACGAUCACGACGAAGAGGAUUACUGUGACUACGAUGAGGAUGAUUAUCCUGAGGUGUCUGAAGAGGAUCUGGAUUCUGUUGGUUUGGGUGAAUUUGCAGAAACCAGUGGAACUUCAGAUGUCUUUGAUUCCGACGCUAAGAGCACAACUGAGUCAUCUUUGCUGACAGAUGAACUCAUGUUGAGCGACUCGACUAGCUUUGACACAGCAGAAACAGAUGGAUUGUCCACGGAUUUGCCUGAAUCCACUGUGGAAGGAUCUGGUACUCAAGAAACCGCCUCGAGUGUGCAUGUUGAGACGGAAGAAACCGGAUCGGGAGACUUCGAGGCUACUCAGACCAGCACAGAAGGUUCUGUGAGUUCAACAUCGAGUGAAGGAUUGUCAUCAGCCUCAAGUUCACAUGAACCAACGGAAAGUGUUACUGACACGCAGUCAACCGAAGCUGCAACGACUGAAAGUGUAUCCGAAACCACAACAGAAAGUGCAACGGAAAGCUCAGAAUCUUCCACAGAGUCUUCAAUGGAGACAACAACAGAUUUAUCAUCAACGACCGAAAGUGAGACUUCUUCUGAAUCAACGACAUCUGCUGUGGAGGAGACAACGACGUCUGAAGGGGCGGAAACUACGACUGUUGCCGAGGAAACGACGACUACAGCUGAAGAGACAACAUCUGGAGGCAGUACAGAAGCUGGUGAUACCACAACAGUUGGAGUUACGGAAUCGACAUCUGAGGGAUCUGAGGAGACCACGGUUUCCGUGAGUGAAGGAUCAACUGUUGAGGUGUCCACAGAUUCGACAGAUUCUACAGAAACUCCAGGAUCCACUGAAUCUUCUGCUUCGACAGUUACCGAAGAGACAUCGUCAACGGAUGAAGAUGAAACGACGGGAACUGAUUUGGACAUUUGGUCGACAACUGAACAGUCUUCAGUGUCUGAGGAUGAAGAUGAGGAGACAUCGGGAAGUACGCCGAACACGCUUGAGGAUAUUAUCAAGAAGGAGCAGAAGCCACGCAAAUGCAAACCUCGACCUAAGACGAUGGCUUGCGUUACGUCAGCGUUUGGUUGUUGCUCGGACAACAGCACAGCGGCUAAAGGACCCUUCGAGGAAGGCUGUCCUGCGCCAAAGACUUGUGCUGACACCAAGCAUGGUUGCUGUCCUGACAAGCUGUCUCCGGCGAAGGGUCCGAAGAAUCGCGGCUGUCCGAAGAGUCAGUGCUCACUCAGUCUCUUCGGGUGUUGUCCGGACAAGAAGACUCCGGCAGAGGGCAAUGACAACGAAGGGUGUCCUGUGGUUGAAGUCACCACGCCUGGUGGAUGUGCAGCGAGCAAGUUUGGGUGCUGCAAAGAUGGAAAUACACCGGCUGAGGGACCCAAGUUCAAGGGAUGCGAGAAGGAAGAGAAGGAGUGCACGGGAGACAGCUGUACCACGCCCGAACCGAAGGUUACUGAGGAGUCAGGAGUCACGGAGGCCAAGUUCUGUGCUCAGUCCACGUAUGGAUGCUGUCCGGAUGGACUCACCGAGGCUACUGGAAAGGACUUCCACGGAUGUGAUCUUAUCGAUGAGGAGGAUUGCACGAAAUCGUUCUACGGUUGCUGUCCAGACGGAAGGACUCCGGCCAAGGGAGACAAACAGGAGGGAUGUGCCGAUUGCAUGCGAGAGAUGUUUGGAUGCUGUCAAGACGGCGUCACGCCUGCUCAUGGACCGAGAGGUGAAGGAUGUUGUCUGGAGCAGCCGUAUGGUUGCUGUCCGAAUAACAUUGUCCCUGCUCGUGGACCCAAUCUCGAGGGAUGUGGUUGCGAGCACUCACCCUAUGGCUGCUGUCCGGACAAUCAGACCUCAGCCACGGGCUAUGACAAUGCAGGAUGUGGCUGCGAGUACAGUCGCUUCGGCUGCUGUCCGGACAAACUCACAGAAGCCACUGGGGAGAACUUUGAGGGCUGCUCCUGUCACACCUUCCAGUUCGGUUGCUGCUCUGAUGGCGUCACCAUUCCGUCUGGCCCACACAAUGCCGGCUGUCACUGUUCGCAGUCCGAAUUCAAGUGCUGUCCCGAUGAGGUCACCCCCGCCAAAGGACCCGACUUCGAGGGAUGCACCUGUGCCAACGGCAAAUUCGGCUGCUGUCCGGAUGGCGUUAGUUCGGCUGAGGGUAGGAACUUCGAGGGAUGCGACGAAGUGCCAUCGACACCGCAGAAGGCGUGUGGACUCAGCAGAGAUGCCGGUCCGUGCAAGAACUUCACAGUCAAGAGCUUCUUCGAUGCUGAGUACGGUGGAUGUUCGAGAUUCUGGUAUGGUGGUUGUGAGGGCAAUGAGAAUCGCUUCAACUCCAUCGAAGAGUGCAAGACAGUGUGCGAGGAGCCUGUUGGGAAGGAGGCUUGCCAUCUACCAAAGUCCCAUGGACCUUGUACUGGAUAUCUGCCGAUGUGGUACUACGAUUCCGAUCGCAAUCAGUGCACACAAUUCGUUUGGGGCGGUUGUUUGGGAAAUAAUAAUCGCUUUGAGUCUCUGGAAGAGUGUCAGAGUGCUUGUGUUGUGGACAGUUCGGCGCCUCCUUGCGAACAACCCGUGGAUCAGGGACCUUGCCAAGGAGCCUUCGAACGCUGGUACUUCGAUGCUGACUCCGAUGUCUGUCGUCCCUUCAUCUACGGUGGUUGCAGAGGAAACAAGAACAACUACGCCACGGAACACUCUUGUCACUAUCACUGCAAGAAGCCAGGCGUGCAUCGCGAGUUUUGCAAUGCCCCGAUCGAGAAAGGAGACUGCGAAGGUGGUAAGCUCGCUAGGUGGGCUUUCUCGUACACUGAUAACAAAUGCAUGCCAUAUUACUACACUGGUUGUGGUGGCAAUAAGAACAGUUUCCACUCGGAAGACGAAUGCAAGUCGAAUUGUCCGCCGCAAAUUGAGCGGGAUUUGUGUGUCCUGCCGACGGAGGUUGGAAAUUGCCAGAAUUACACUGCAAGAUGGUACUUUGACACUCGCGAGUCGCGCUGUCGAUCCUUCUACUAUGGCGGCUGUGGUGGGAACAAGAACAACUUCGAGAGCCAGGAGGAGUGCGUCAACCGAUGCGAGAGAAUGCCCACGACCACAACACAAGCGCCCAGAAGACCUCCAGUGCACGAGGAUCGCGUCUUCAGGCGGGAAUACUGCUUUGUGCAUCCUGACGGUGGCGAUUGCCGUGGAGAUGCAAUUGUGGCGAGAUGGUAUUACAACAAGGAUGAGGGUGUUUGUGCUCAGUUCGCUUACACUGGAUGUGGUGGCAAUUUGAACAACUUCCUCACGGAAGAAGAGUGCGAAAGCAAUUGUGAUAGCGUUCAAGAUCUCUGCACACUGCCUGCUCUUCGUGGACGAUGCAAUGAGCAAAUUCAGCGAUGGUACUUCGAUCAGAAUGCUCAGCGAUGUCUUCAGUUUGAAUUUGGUGGCUGUCGCGGGAACAAGAACAACUUCUACACCGAGCGCGAGUGCCAGAACGCCUGUCGACACACGCCUGGACGGAUUGAGCAGACGACACCGCCGCCAUACGUGGUGUCGACGAUUUGCGAUGAGCCUCGUGAGCACGGUCACUGUAGUGGGAAUGAACUCAAGUACUUCUUCAAUCGCGACACGGCGUCGUGCGAGGCGUUCUACUACACCGGCUGCGGUGGGAAUGGGAAUCGCUUUGAGUCGCAAGAGCAGUGCGAGAGACAGUGUGGCGAGCAUCGAGGUGUGGACGUGUGCCAUGAGCCCAUGGAGCCUGGGCCGUGUGAUCAGUGGCAGGUGCGAUACUACUUCAACACCACCAGGCGACAAUGCAUGCCGUUCCACUACAGCGGAUGUGAGGGCACAGGAAACAGAUUCACGACAGUUCAGGAGUGUGAAACACUCUGCAUUGGACACGAAGAACCGCCGCCAGAUGAUAAAGCAAUUUGCAAUUUGCCCGUGGAGAGUGGCAGAUGCAAUGAAGAUGUGGAGAAUUCCCACAGACGCUGGUAUUAUGAUGAUAGUCGAGGAACGUGCAUCACCUUCAUCUACAGUGGAUGCGCGGGCAAUCAGAACAAUUUCCGCUCUUUUGAGUCUUGUGUUGAUUUCUGUGUCAGUGCAUCGCCACAUGAGCCCGGCAGAGAGCCGAGUGGAGACAAGUGUGAAGCUCACACGCUCGCUUGUGAGAAUCUUCAGUGUCCUUAUGGUGUGGAGACGACGUACAAUGAGGACUACUGCAAGGUGUGUUCCUGUGAGAAUCCCUGCUCCUCUGUCCAGUGUCCGCCUGACUCUCAGUGUGCCAUUGAUGUGGGCAGAGAUGAGACUGGCCAGUCGAUCUUCAUGGGUGUUUGUCGCGAGACACAAAAGCCCGGCGAGUGUCCUUCUCUCAGGGACAACAGUCGCUGCGAUCGCGAGUGUUAUACAGAUGCCGAUUGCAGUGGUGACAAGAAGUGCUGCGCUGCUGGCUGUGGAUGGCUCUGUGUCCAUCCUGACGCGCCUGACACCAAUGUUUCAGAGCCAGUGAGACCACACUAUCCGCCAACAUACUAUCCAGGCGCUCAUGCUCCUCUGCUGGAGGAGAAGACGCCCGAAGAGGUGAAUGUGGUGGCCGAGGAAGGUGGUUAUGCUGUGCUGCACUGCUUCGCCACGGGAUAUCCGCCGCCGACGGUGUCCUGGAAGUAUGGAGGCAUUGUGCUGAACACGAAUCAGGGACGUUAUCUCCUCACAUCCACUGGAGAUUUGCAGAUUGUGCAGCUUCACAGGACAGACAGUGGAACUUACGUGUGCGUGGCUGACAAUGGCUUAGGCGCUCCUGUAACUCGCGAGGUUGAACUUCGAGUCAAUGAUCCUGUAGAUAUCUUAGAGGCUGACGCUUAUAUUCUGGGUGAGCCAAAUGCCACUCAGAUUGUCACGCUGAACCAACCGGCGACUCUGAGGUGUCUGGCCGGUGGCUAUCCCAAGCCGUACGUGAGCUGGUGGCGUGACACGGAAUUGCUGCCGCUCAAUUCAACGCGCUUCGAGCUGCGGCGCGACUAUGCGCUGUUCUUCACGAAGGUGGAGCUUCAGGAUCUGGGCAAGUACACGUGUCAGGCGUACACGGGACGCGGCAGACCCGUGUCCGUGUCCAUCACACUCCAGGCCAUCGGGCCCGUGCACGUGAGCAACAGAGAGGAUGAGAAGUACUUGAAAUUCAUCGUGGAUCCGCCCAUGCAAACCACAACGAUGCGCGUGAGACCCGAAUAUCCUUACAGACCAACUCCGGCUCCGCCGCGAGUCAUUCCGCUGCCGCCAGUUCAGCCAGUGUACACCGAAGUUUCGGCUCGCAUUCGCCUUCCGGGCGGCCGACAGUACGGCUUGGGAGUGGAUAUCAAGCUGGAGUGCGUGGUUGAUGGAUAUCCUGCGCCCAAUGUCACCUGGUUCAAGGAUGAUCGCCAACUCGUGCCCACGCACCGAGUGCAGAUCCUCGAGCAGACGCGCGUGGUGAUUUUCGGCGCCACCAGGGAAGAUUCUGGCUUCUACAAGUGCGAGGCCAGGAAUGGCUACAGCAAGUCCUUCAACGAGGAGGAGAUCAUCGUGGAGGGAGUUUAUAUUCCGCCAGAGUGCACGGAUAGCACAAUAUUUGCCGACUGUGCGAAGAUUGUUCGUGGACAUUAUUGCGGAAAUCACUACUAUGCCAAAUUCUGCUGCAGAUCGUGCACACUUGCCGGACAAUUGAGCCACAAUCGUCCGAAUUUUGUCUAGAGAGGAAUUACACUUUCUCAUUCAGAAUCCUUUCUGGAGCCACUUUAGCAUCUUAACAACACAAAACACUUUCACUGCCAGGAUCUUCUCAAAUAGAUCAGCUAUAAAAGAAAAAAACUCUUUUGAUGAACAAAUUGACGAUCUUCUCUGAUCAUCAAUCCGUGCCAUAUGAAAGUCAGCAUCUCUAACUCUUCACCUUUAACAUUAUCCUUGAUUUUGUUGAUCGUUAGACGUGACAAUCGUCUCAAAGGUAAAAAAAAUGCUUCGAAAGAGAAUCAAUUCUACAAUUUAUUAAAUUAGAUUUUAGAUUGACUAAUAAACUGCCAUAAAUGGAGACAUUUGUGCCUCUUUUCUAUAGUUUAAAAACACUUCUUUUCCGUUCUGUGUCCUUCCGAUAGAAAUGAUCUUAAUACACAAGAAAAGCGUUUCUUUAAAGUUAUAUUUUUUUCGGUUAAAAAUUCACUUAACUAUUGUUACCAAUUUGUGGCUAUUAGAUUAAUAAUGGACAAUAAAAGAAAAAUUGAUGAAAAAUGUAAUAAGAGACUAGAUUUUUUUUCUUAUUAUGUAAAGCAAUUGAAGAAUUAUAAAAGUGUAAAAAAAAUAAACUAGAAUGUAA